AUGGAGCCGGAUGUUCCGGCGGAUGGGUUGUCGCAUCUUGGGACGGAUGGUGCAUAUGUGUAUCAGGUCGUUGAUGCAUCCGCAGCUUGGGAUGCACUAGCUGCUAUUGAUGGUGCCCGAAGUGAAGGCGUUGACAUUAAGAGAGAGUCAACCCCGAUGGAGUGGAGGCAAGAGGAUUAUCAUGUCAUCAUGGUCUUGGUCACAUCUGCAAGAGAACACGAACCCGGACUAGCAGUAGCCGAUCGGACUUAUGUAGUGGAUUUUGAUUCCAUCCUGGGAAAACUGACUACAUGGAAGGAUUAUACAUCAUUCACGUUUCGACCCCAUUUAUUUAACAAUGGUACAUUCGAACCCUCAUUGCAAAGUAUGUUUCGAGUAAUCCCGGCCUCACAGUAUCUCGAAGAGUUUGCUUCGGACCGGUCCCACAUGCAGAUGAAAAUGGACGACAGAGGGAAUAUGCAGUAUAUCAUGCCCCCGCCGUCGUACAAUACGAUCGUCGGUCCGGGCGCGAGCGCAAGAGGGGUAACCAACAAUCUCAUGGAUGAGUUUGUCCAUAUGCCGGGAGAAGGUGCGCCCGGUUCCGUAUUACUGCGGAUGGAUGACUUUUUGUCGUUACGCUGGCUUCAUGCGCGGGAAGACGGAAAUCUCGGAAAUGACUGUGAUGGUGCGCUAAGCGCACCCCCCAACCCAGCUUCGGCGGACUGA